AUGGUCAACAAGGAAAUUCCGACAACUCAAUUCAAUGAUGGGACUUCCGUUCCUAUACUUGGAUAUGGAACAGGAACAGCGUGGUACAAGCGCUCAGGGGCCGCCGAAAUAAACCGUGAGCUGGUGGACGCGGCCAAGAAUGCCAUUGAUUUGGGAUAUAAUCAUCUUGAUGGAGCAGAGGUCUACGGAACUGAGGCUGAAUUGGGUUUGGCGAUUCAAGAAGCCAAUCGCCCUCGAGACAGUUACUUUGUGACCACCAAGGUCUACAGCAAUAUCGCAGAUAUCCCCGCAGCUAUCGACUCAAGUUUGAAAAAGUUGCGACUCGAUCAUGUCGAUUUAUACUUGAUCCAUGCCCCUUUCUAUGCCACCACAGAGAGUGAGCUCCAGGCUGCCUGGGCGGCCAUGGAGAAAGUCAAGGCCUCUGGGAAAGCUCGGUCUAUUGGAGUGUCCAACUUCUUGCAGGGUCACUUGGAAACCAUUUUGAAGACUGCCCAGGUCAUACCCGUUGUGAAUCAGAUUGAGUUCCACCCGUAUCUCCAACACGGAGAUCUAAUUUCAUUCCACGAGAGUAAAGGGAUCAAAACUGCCGGCUACGGUGGUCUAGCCCCAAUUACUCGGGCUCACGGAGGGCCAUUGGAUCCAUUGUUAUCGGCUUUGGCUACCAAGUAUGCCGUGAGUGAGUCUGAGGUUCUGUUGCGUUGGACCCUGGAUCGUGGCUGCGUGGCUAUCACUACCAGUAGUAAGGAAAACCGCCUAGCUGGUUACCUGCGCACCUUGACCUUCAAACUCACUCCCCAAGAGAUAUCUGAAAUAUCUGAGCUGGGUCAGCAGCAUCAUUAUCGUGCCUUCUGGCGCGAGAAGUUCGCCGAAGAUGACCGAUCGUGA